UCCAAACAAGUUAGUAAAAAGUUUUCGGAGUCAACUGGGCUCCCGGCGUUUGAAGUGGAGCAAAGGGAGAUUCUCCUUUGUUUUUUUCCAUCGGUUCGACGGUGUUCGGUGCGAUGUCUUUGAAGCACGUCCUCCAAUCUUGAGGGGCAUGGUUACCUGAACUGUUGAUAAGUGCGCGCACUGGAUUCCCGGGUGACGACAUAAUAGGGGAACGGGAACCGUGGGAUUCGAACGGAGGUAUCUCCAAUAUUAAAAGAAAUAUGGCCCUUCGAAAAAAUGACGUAUGAUGUGAUCUAACGAGGCAAGGCAUGGGCGGUUUCUUCCACCCUGGUUUCAUCCGUGUUUUGAGUCGAGCAAGCAGUGCGAAUGUGUGUGACACUGAUAGAGCCGCACAAGCAUAGAACCAUAGAAUCGCAUACACCAACACAUUAAAUGGCGGACAAUGAUGAGCAAAUCAAGGAUGGUCCACGGGGGAGAUCAGCGCCAAGCGACGCUGACAUCAACUUUCGACACGUUGUCUUCCCGGGUUCCGAUGUCUUCUACAAACCAGGAGACGAAAUCGUCACGAACCUACCCCUGCAGAUGGCGCUUUACUUCAACGUUGUGUUUUUCCCGUUUUGGUUCAUUGUUAUGAUCACAAUGUUGUAUCUGAAGUACGAUUGCUUGACGAGUCUAUUCCAGUUCAUCUUGGUAGCGGCGUUUAUAACAGUCACCUGCAUAGAGUGUUUGAGACUCUACCUUGGAUACGUCGGAAAUCUAAGCGAAAAGAUCCCGGAGCUGGCCGGAUUCUGGAUGCUGUCCUUCCUGCUGCAACUGCCCCUUCAACUAUUCCUGCUGGCCAACGAGGGGGUGCGCCCGACGGGGGUUGAGCGGGCCGUGCAGGGCGUGGAAGUGGCCCUUCUCCUGGCCCAGCUCGGCACCGGCUUCGUGGCCCUCCGCACGACCGCCGCCCACCAGGCCCACAAGUUUCACCUCGCCCAGUUCCUCGCCCCCGGGCCGGGCGCCUUCAAAGAGGCCGCCGGCAGCACGCCCGACGCCCCGCGCGACGAGGACCCCUUCCACGACGUCCGACGCAAACCGCGAGGCACCGAGAACCCCUUCGAGGACAUGCAACGCAACCUCCUCGUCUCCGACCAACUCUUCCGGGACGCCGAACGCAUCCCCCUCGCUAGCAUUUCCAGAGGAUCCUCCACCAAAACUGAUUAACACCAACGAUCAGAAAUGGGCCAGAAGACGAGGUCUCAACUAGGAUAU